AUGCAAGCUCUUACUCUCGGAAACCCCGAGAUCACGGAGUAUGCGGAAGAUUGCAUCAACCGUGAUGGCAAUGGCUCACAAAUACCAUGUAUACUGGAGAGUGAUACCCAUGCUGACCUAGCACGAAAGAUCAUGGAAAUCAUGUCAAAUCUUCAUCGUUGGGAUGAGUGUAUCUUUGAUGAGCCAGUCAAGUCCAACCCCAACCUCAUCCAUGAAAUCGCGCCACAUAUUCUUCCAUUGGCCGCUGCGAAUUUCGAUUCUGGUCCAAUCUGCGAUCUUGCUAGCUAUCUUUCGAUGUACGCUCUUGUCAAGGCUAUAAAAGGUCUCGAGUGGUCAGAGGAAGAAGAAGAGACAGGAGAAGGAGAGGGUACUGGUACUGAUCCUGAAAACGCAGGCCUGUUAGGGAGGGCCUUGCCACGUCUUUUGCGUGUGGUCAGGAAAGAGGUUGAUCCUGAAAGGAGAGUCCUGUUCUUGGAGACCUUGAAAGAUGUUUGUAUAAAUCAUAUAACGACACAGGCAACAGCAGAGAUGCACGCUGAUACAAGGAUGCUUGAAAUGCCAAUAUUGCCCCCUGGAAUGAAUGAUAGGGUACGUCAGGUCAAGGAGAUCGUGACACGUCUUUGUAGCCUGGCGAGGGAAAACGUAGAUGAUGAUGAGAUGGAUCGGCUCCUUUUUGCGUCAAAGAAAUGA